GGCGGCGAAGCGGACGGAGAGGCGCGCGGAAAGCUCUCAGCUGACAGCCGGCGAGGUCGCGGGGCCGGAGCGGCGUGCGGGGGGUCUCCCGACGGGCGGAGGAGCCGGAGGACGAAGCGGAGCGGGAGGGUCUCCAGCGCCCACCAGCCCCGACCCUCCACCCGCCUGCCUGCCUCCCCGGGCCAGCUUCCAUCAUGUCUGAAGGGGCCGAUUCCCAGCCUGUGGCUUUGGGGGCUUCCCGGGUCGAACUUCGAGUCUCCUGCUGGGGCCUGCCGGACCGAGAAGCCAAGAUUAAACCUGACCCGCGUCUGAUGAUUCAGUUGCUCAGCGAUGGACAAUGGAAUGAGGUGGGGCAGUCGGAAGUCCUGCGCGGGUCCCGGAACCCAGUUUUUGCCCACAUCUUCGCCCUGGAUUACUUCUUUGAGGAGAUGCAGAAUCUGAGAUUCCAGGUGUUUGACGUUGAGGAACAAAGUGAUUCCGAAGAGAGCCUUGAGGUUGGGAUGUUGAUUGGCCUCACCGAAUGCUCCCUGGGGCAGAUUGUCUCCCAGACGAAGGUUACUAAGGAAUUGGCAUUGCUAAAUGGAGAGAUUUUGGAGAAUUCAACCAUCACGAUUGAAGCCGAAGAGGUGUCCCGCACCAAUGAGUUUGUCCAGCUGGAAUUUUGCGGUCAAGAACUGGAUGACAAGGAUUUCUUUAGCAAAUCCGAUCCUUUCCUGGAAAUAUAUAAGAUGGGCUCUGGCGAGUCGGACAAUUUGGUCUGGAGAACAGAGGUGGUGAAGAACAACCUGAACCCUCGGUGGCAGCCAUUCCGAAUUUCUUUGCAAUCGCUGUGCAGUUGUGACCCCGACAGGCCUAUACGGUGUCUGGUUUACGAUCACGACUCCAGCGGGAAGCACGAUUACAUUGGGGAAUUCAACACAAGCUUUCAAGAGAUGCUGAAGGCGUCUUCUGGAGACGAGGUGAAAUGGGAAUGUAUUAACCACAAGUAUCAAGAAAAGAAGAAAAACUACAAAAAUUCUGGAUAUAUUGUCCUCACUCAGUGCAAGAUGGAGAAAGUCCACACCUUCCUGGAUUACAUCAUGGGUGGUUUGCAAAUCUCCUUCACAGUAGCCAUUGACUUCACAGCCUCCAACGGGGACCCCAGAAGUGAACAUUCGCUCCAUUUCAUCAGCCCCCGAGAGCCGAACGAAUACCUGAAAACGCUGUCGUCCGUGGGCGAAAUCUGCCAGGACUACGACAGCGAUAAACGGUUCCCGGCCUUUGGCUUCGGAGCGAGAAUCCCUCCGGAUUUCGAGGUGUCUCACGAUUUCGCCAUCAACUUUGAUCCGAAGAACCCCGAAUGUGAAAAGAUUCUGGGCGUGAUCGAGGCUUACAAGCGCUGCCUGCCCCAGAUCGAGCUGUACGGCCCCACCAACGUGGCGCCCAUCAUCAGCAAGGUGGCCGGGCCGGCAGCCGAGGAGGAGAAAAGUGGCAGGCCCACGAAGUACCGGGUGCUGCUCAUCCUGACCGACGGGGUGGUGAGCGACAUGCCCGAGGCCUGCGACGCCGUGGUGCGGGCCUCCCGCCUGCCGCUCUCCAUCAUCAUUGUGGGCAUCGGGAACGCCGACUUCUCCGACAUGCGGGAGCUGAACGGGGACCGAGGGAUGCUGGAGACGGAGGAGGGCAGGGCCGUCCGGGACAUCGUGCAGUUUGUGCCUGUCCGGGAGUUCAAGAAGGCCCCCCCCAAUGCUCUCGCCAAGACCGUCCUGGCUGAAGUCCCCAGACAGGUGGUGGAAUAUUACGGGAGCAAAGGAAUCCCCCCCGGGACACAGAAGCCCUCCUCUCCACUGCCCCAGUGAGACCCCCCCCCCAAGCACCACUACCCCCUCUGGGCACGGGCUGCCCAGCACCUGAAUGUGCCUGUUUCUCUUUCCCCACACCUCUGUCUUCCAGCCUCUGGUCCCUUCGGAAAACUACCCUGACCCCUUCGGGUGGGAACAAGAGAGAAAGCGAACGGGGAGCUGCCUUCCCCAUCUGUGGCUUCAGGGCUUCAAAUACGACUUGGGACGCCAGCUGGCACCACGGGCAUCGGGCACCCCCUCUCCCCAAGAGUUCUCCCUUCUCUGCCUUCCCUGCUCUUAGCCUGACCACCACCACCCCAAUAGCUUGCCAGGGUGAACCCCCACAUCCUUUAAUAAACACCGUGAAAUCCUC